AUGAGCGUGCCCUUUCUGCCGUUCAUCAAAUCAAAAAAGCCAGCCACUCCGCCGCCACAGCCUAAACCCCAGGAGCAGCUCGACCCAUUGUUCGUGCCCGUCCCCCCGCCGCAGCCGCGCGCCUUCGCGGCCCCCAAGCCGAAGGCAGGCACCGCCAAGGGCGGCACCAGCAGCGGCGGCGGCGCCAGGCCCGGCGGCAGCGGGAAUGGCGGCGCCAAGAAGCAGUCGCCAGCGGCGGCGGACGCGGCGGCGGCCGCCGUGCAGCGCCAGGCUGCUGCCGAUGCCGAGGAGAAGAAGCGCCGGCGCGCGCUGCAGCGGCUGGCGGCGAUGGGGGACCUGGUUGGGAGCGACGCGACCCCCGAGAUGAUUGCAAAGGUGGAGGCUGCCAAGCGCCAGGCGCUGCUGCAGAAGCAGAAAGACGAGGAGGCCAAGCGCCGCGAGGCGGAGCGCGCGGCGGCGCAGCAGCGGCUGAAGGAGGAGGCGGCGCGGCGCGCGGCCGCGGCCGCGAAGCAGCAGCAGCAGCAGCAGCGGGGACCGGCGGUGGGGGCCAGCGCAGGCAAGGGCGGCGCGGCGGUGGGUCCGGGGCAAGGGCCAGUGACGCAGCGACAGCAGCAAGAGCAGCAGAGGGGCCAGCAGGCGCAAGAAAAGGAGCGGCAGCGGCGGAUGUGGGAGGCACUGGCGCCCAAGCAACGCGCAUACAUCCUCGCUCGCCGCCGCGAGCGCGAGCGGGCCGGCAUUGGGCCUCGUAAGCCCUUGAACAGCCGGCCCCAGCGCCCUGGCCCCAGCCUCGGCGGUGCUGCUGCGACAUCGCCACCCCAGCGCCCCGCCGCCCCGCGCGGCGGCUACGCGGGCGGCUACGGCGCUGAGGAUUACUACGGCAGCGGCGAUGACUACGACGACGACGAGCUGGACGGCUUCAUCGACGACGGCCCGGAAGGCGGCGAGGCGGAUUGGCGCAAGGAGAUCCGGAAAAUGACGGGGUACGACCCUUCGCGCUAUGCGGACGAUUGGGGCGACGACAGGCGCAUGGAGGCUUCCUGGGAGCAGCUGCAGGCGGAGGAGCGCCGAAGCGCCAGGAUGGGGCGCCUGGAGGACCAGGCGGCGGAGGAGGAGGAGGCGAGGCGGCUGAAGGCCAAGGCGGUGCGCAAGAGGCGGCGCGGCGCUUUUGAGAGCGACGGGGACGAGAGCGACUGA